AGUCACACACUGGCUGGCUUGUGACUCACCUGCCCAUUGUGACAUGCCCCCUGCUGGCUGGCACAGCCUCAUCCCCUCACUGCCAGGCUUGGCUCUGACAGAGCGAGUGCUUGCACGUGCUGCUGAGGAACGCUGAGCCAGCCGUUUCAGCUCUGCCACUGGCAGCAGAAAGUGAGUGGACCAUAUACACACCGGCUUUUGCCCACUCCUGACUCCAGGAUGGCUGAGGAAGUCCCCAAGGCCCCCUCAAAGCCCAUCCGUGCCUGGGAGGAGAUGAAACCUCCCCAACGGAAGAGUUGGCAAAAGAGCCCACAGCGGAAGCAGGAGCUGUGUGUGCCUCAGCCCUUCCGUGCCGAUUCACCAGUCUAUUGUAACGCCUGCUUGAGGAGGCUAGACUGGGAGGAGAAAGAGGCCCUGGACUACAUCAACGCCUUUCUAACGAGCAAUGAACAGGACGAGGCCAAGAAACUCAAGUUCUUGGAUUCCAUCAGCACCCUCAGCAACCUGCCUGCUUUUAUGGACAAAGCCCUGCUAGUGGAGAAGAUAAAGGAGCUGAUUGAUCACGAGUCCGUCGACUCCCUGACCGGCGUGAUGCGUCAGCAAGCUAUGCUCGCCAUCAUGAAGCUGAGCAAAAUGAAGCUACCGCUGCUGGUCCUGACACAACCCAGCCUGCUCACCACCUGCUUCUCCAGCAUCUUCUCCCUGCCUCCAGCACACACCAUGGAGGAGGUGGAGGCUGCUCUCUACACCAAAACUUUGAAAACCAUGGAUGAGAUGCUGAAGGCCUUGGUGUGCGAGGAUCAGGAGCCCAACCUUCUGGUGCUGCAAAUCAUCUUGAAGGUCUGGAGGCGUGGGGGCAGGAAGGGGACUAGUCCUGUAGCUGGGGUGGGGCUCAGGGACCAAGGCUCUGUUUAAUCCCAAGCAUGGGACACCCCCGUGCCUUCGGCUCCUCAGAGUACGUUCUCUACAAAGGUUCUUGGGCUGGAGGGCCAAGUGCCCCCACUAUAUCUGAAAAAGUCUGUAUGGGGUGGGGGUGGAGGAGCGUGGGCGGGAUCUGCUGUGUUCUCCACUGAGCCCUCAUGUGAACCUGGCAUUCCUUUGUGUUCACCAUGGGCCCCACCAACCUGGCCAAAGCCCGGAGCUAGAUUCCCCCAACAUUCUAGUUCUGGGGCCACAGGAAGUAGAUUCUGUGGGUGGUUUGUGCUCCCAAAAGAGGGAAAUGUCCUUAACAGAGAUUCGGUCUCCUCGA